UGGGCGGGCCAGCGCAUGGGGGCCAGUACCCAGAGGCUCCCGAGAGUGGCGCGGGGACGGGGAGGGGCAGGGCGAGCUGGUUCCCCGCGUGGAGGCGCGGGAAGAUCUGAGUUGAGACCGCGUGGUGUAGUGGUUAAGCUACCUCACGUGUGGAGGGAAGGCGGGAAGCCAGCAAAUAAAGAGGAAAAACGGAGCGAUGCUGAUCUCAGGACAAACGACUGGACCUUCUUAGCCCUGGCGGAGCCACGGAGGGCCAGGCAAAAGCUCGUCAAAGCUGACUCGUCUUGAGUGGCCGGCCCCGGCUUCCCUUCCACACACCGCAGCUACUUAUAGAGCCAGACCCUCAGCUUCUGCUCAGCUCCAGACACACAGCUUCUCCAGGCAGCACUGCCUCAGAACAGAGAUUACUUCUCUAGCUCACUUGGACAAUGUCACUUGGUGGAGAAGGACUGUGAGAUCGUGGCUAGAAGCCAGGUUGUAGCCACCUGCCUGCCACUGCCCAGCUGAGUGGCAGCCCAGAGCCCAGGAGCAGCACGUGGCCAUAGGCCACAGACACGGUGAAGAUAUGAGUGUGGUGGUGAGCACCUCUGCUCCCCUGCUCCCAGCCUCAGACACAAACACUGUCACAUCUACCUUCUCCCUUGUGGACUAUGUAGUGUUUGUGCUGCUGCUGGUUCUCUCCCUUGCUAUUGGGCUCUACCAUGCCUUUCGUGGCUGGGGCCGGCAUACUGUUGGCCAACUGCUCAUGGCAGACCGAAAAAUGAGCUGUCUUCCUGUGGCUCUGUCUCUGCUGGCCACCUUCCAAUCAGCCGUGGCCAUCUUGGGUGUGCCGUCCGAGAUCUACCGAUUUGGGACCCAGUAUUGGUUCCUGGGCUGCUGCUAUUUUCUGGGCCUGCUGAUCCCUGCACACGUCUUCAUCCCUGUCUUCUACCGCCUGCAUCUCACCAGUGCCUAUGAGUACCUGGAGCUCCGAUUCAAUAAAGCUGUGCGGGUUUGUGGGACCUUGACCUUCAUCUUUCAGAUGGUGAUCUACAUGGGAGUCGUGCUCUAUGCACCAUCAUUGGCCCUCAAUGCAGUGACUGGCUUUGACUUGUGGCUGUCAGUGCUGACCCUAGGCAUUGUUUGUACUGUCUAUACUGCUCUGGGCGGACUGAAGGCAGUCAUCUGGACAGACGUGUUCCAGACGCUGGUCAUGUUCCUAGGGCAGCUGGUGGUUAUCAUUGUGGGGUCAGCCAAGGUGGGCGGCUUGAGGCAUGUGUGGGAAGUGGCUUCCCAGCAUGGCCGCAUCUCUGGGAUCGUGCUGGAUCCAGAUCCUUUUGUACGGCACACUUUCUGGACAUUGGCUUUUGGGGGUGUCUUCAUGAUGCUCUCCUUGUAUGGGGUGAACCAGGCUCAGGUGCAGCGCUACCUCAGUUCCCGCACGGAGAAGGCUGCUGUGCUCUCCUGCUAUGCAGUCUUCCCUUGCCAGCAGUUGGUCCUCUGCAUGAGCUGCCUCAUUGGCUUGGUCAUGUUUGUCUACUACCAGGAGUAUCCCAUGAGCACCCAGCAGGCUCAAGCAGCCCCUGACCAGUUCGUCCUGUAUUUUGUGAUGGAUCUCCUGAAAGACCUGCCAGGCCUGCCUGGGCUCUUUGUUGCCUGCCUCUUCAGUGGCUCCCUCAGCACCAUAUCUUCUGCUUUUAACUCAUUGGCAACUGUUACGAUGGAAGAUCUGAUCCGACCCUGGUUCCCUCAAUUCUCUGAAGUCCAGGCCAUCAUGCUUUCCAGAAUCCUCGCCUUUGGCUAUGGGCUACUUUGUCUGGGAAUGGCCUAUAUUUCUUCCCAGAUGGGACCCGUGUUACAGGCAGCACUCAGCAUCUUUGGCAUGGUUGGGGGGCCGCUGCUCGGACUCUUCUGUCUUGGGAUGUUCUUUCCUUGUGCCAACCCUCCUGGUGCCAUUGUGGGCCUGUUGGCUGGACUCAUCAUGGCCUUCUGGAUCGGCAUCGGGAGCAUAGUGACCAACAUGGCCUCCCGCAUGGCACCCUCUCCUCCUAAUAUAUCCAGCUUUUCCCUGCCUAGCAAUCUGACCUCUGUCACCAUGACCACACUGAUGCCCUCAACCACCCUCUCCAAGCCUACAGGACUGCAGCGUCUCUACUCCUUGUCGUAUUUAUGGUACAGCGCUCACAACUCAACCACAGUCAUUGUGGUGGGCCUGAUUGUCAGUCUGCUCACUGGAGGAAUGCGGGGCCGGACCCUGAAUCCUCGGACCAUUUACCCAGUGUUACCAAAGCUCGUUGCCCUGCUGCCCCUGUCCUGUCAGAAGCGAUUUCACUGCAUAAGCUACAGCCAGGACCUCUCAGUGGACACUCCUACAUUUCCGGAAAAGAUGAGUAAUGGGAUGUUGAAGAACAGCAGAGACAAGGAGGUCAUGGCAGUGCCUGAGGAAAGCUCAGCCCACCAAGGGAACAGCCCCACCUUCAUCCUCCAGGAGACCUCACUGUGAUCUAGGCUCGGGUCCCAGUGCCAGAGGCCAUCCUGUAGUACAGUGAUGAGUUAGGUGAUACACAAUGUAGGGACAAUCGAGAACUGGAUUAUCUAGCCCACCAAAGGACCUUGUUUUUAGGUGUUUGGGCUGCAGUAGAAGCUGUCGUGUCAUGGGAAGUGUGAGGGUAGGACAGGGUUUUUACAGCCUAUUCUCUAUAGAGGACCAGGCUUGCAGGGGAUAGGAUUUUGCUAGAAAAGGGGAUCGGAGCAAAUCCUCUGGGAAAUGGGAAAUGGCUUCCGAUUAACCAUCACCAGGCUCCUUUGAAGUGAAUAGAAACAGUAGUGCUAGUUACCACUGCUCUGGGGCCUGGUUUGACAAGGUUGGCCAUGUUUACCAUGAAACACAAAGUUGUCUCAGCGAGCUGUUGCUUCUCUUAUGGUACUAUUUUAAGCAUAGAUUCUGUCGGCCACAAAGGGUCCAUGACUACUUUCUCAUUAUCUGUGACACCCAGGUCCCUCUCAUUCUUACCUGUCUACCUCUAUUCUUGAGGGGGAGGGUUUGGUGUCCCUGAGAGACCUCAGAGUGACAUUCAUCUCCCUUGCAUAGAGUAGGGAAGCUUUCCACCUCACUGCCCCCACCCUCCACCUGUCAUGGGCACUUGGGGGCGGAGCAAAUAUUGAUCCGAGAAACCAGGGCAUGACCAGGUCCACUGUGGAGUGUGCCAUCCACCUGGCACACCACUCUAGUGUCAUUUUGUUGUUCAUGUUCAUGUUUCCUUUUUGGAGUUUCUUUCCCACAGAUCUUUGUUCCAAGGGAAUAAAAACUGUUAUUGGACCUAGAA